AUGCAGAAGAGAACUUUGAGUGUCAAAGCAAAAAUGCCUCAAGUUGAUGGCUUGAGAAAACUCCGUGACUUGUUAAGCUCCGACCUCCAUUCUAAAUUUGUUAGACGGUAUGGAAAAAUUCUCUAUUUAUUGGAUAUAAAUGUCCAAGUGGAUGCUUUAACCGCGUUGCUACAAUUUUACGACCCUCCCAUGAGAUGUUUUACCUUUCAAGAUUUUCAAUUAGCUCCAACCUUGGAAGAAUUUGGUGAGAUCUUCGGCUACCCUCUGGAAAAAGAUAAACCAUAUUGUUAUUUGGGGCAUUAUACUAGCAUUUCAAAAAUAAUAGAGAUCUUAGGGGUUGACCAAAAUACUCUAGAAAGAAAACGACCAAAAGGACACUCUGGAUUUCGUAGAAGUUUCUUUGAAGAAAGAGCACUUGUUUUUGCUUUAAAGAAAGAUUGGGAUGCUUUCAUGGAAGUUUUAGCUCUUAUUAUAUUUGGAGUUAUUAUUUUCCCAAGGGAUGAGGAAAUCAUAGAUCUUCCAGCUAUUGAUGUAUUUCUAGCUUUCAAGAAUAGGGGAGAGAAUCCAACCCAUGCUGUUCUCGCAGACAUGUAUUAUAGCUUCAACUACUGCUAUGAGAAAAAGGGGAAAAAGAUUAUAUGCUGCUUACCUGCUUUGUAUGUUUGGAUGAUAAACCUUAUGUUUAAUCCUGGUUUCCGAAGAUCUUGUCCUAUUGAUGUUUUCCACGAUUGUGAUGUGAAAAAGAAAACUCGUCAAGAGUGGGGUGAAACACUAGUAAACCUAAAUGAAUAUACAGUUAAAUGGUAUCAGAGAGGGCGAGAGAUUAAUGAGGUGAUUUUCCAAUGUGGAAAUUAUCCCAAUGUGCCACUUAUGGGAACUAAAGGAUGCAUUAAUUAUAACCCUGUUUUGGCCUUGAGACAACUUGGCAUUCCUAUUGUAAAAGAACCUGAACCAAGUUUGCUAACCCCGCUUGUUGUUUAUGACUUAGACAUAGAGAAUAUUGAAACAUUAAGAACAAUCCAAAAUUGCUGGAAGAAUGUGAUUAGGAAAGGGAAUGAGCUACGUUUUACUGGAAAUAGAAGGAACACAUACCAGCCUUGGCUUAAGAAGAGAGUUGAAGAUAUAAAACUACCAUUUCAAAAUUUAUUGAAGACAGUCGAAGAAAUAGCAUCACAAUCUAGUCGGGUUAAUGAGCAAUAA